UCAAAUAUUGCAAACACCCGGGUAAAAUUGGACAUAUUGUAUUGUAUCUUGCUUCCGGCUCUGAGCUCUCAGAGUCUCAGUGGCUUCAUCGUGUUCAUCAAAUGGGCAAUCUAUAAAUUUACUCUUAUGAGAAAGCUCUUCAAAGUGGCAUCUAUUUUUUCCCUUGCAAGAAUUGCACCACCAAGAAAAAUCUCUCGAUUUCUCUCUCCCUUUCAACACAAUUCUUGUUAUUUUUCCCAAAAAUCCAUUUUGACAAAUGCCCUUUUAUCCAUCAACCCUCUUCCUACCAUUUUCCGUUGUUCGUCACCUGUACUUCUGCAUGCCUCUGCCUGCCAAGCAUUUGACAAAAUGUCACAAAGGGUUGCUCAGUAUCCCCAAGUUUCCAACAUAAGUCAUGUGCUUGAACUCAUUAGGCUUGUUAGAGAGAAGCCAAGUUUUAUCAAUGCCAAAAUAGCACAUGCCUUGGUGAUCAAACUUGGUGCUCUUGGCCAUCUACCCACGGUUACUUCUCUGCUUAUGAUAUACUCAAGGGGUGGGAGUUUUAGCUCCUCAAUGGCUCUGUUUAGUGAAGUUCUUGAUAAGGAUGUGAUUGUUUGGAAUGCUAUCAUGACUGCUUGCAUUGAGAAUAAUCUAUUUGAGGCCGUAGUGAAUUUCUUUCUUGAAAUGGUUCAAGUAGGGAAUGAGUUUGAUUCUACCAGUCUUGUUAUUCUUCUUUCAGCCUUGUGCAAUAUGAAAGAUUUGAGAGCAGGUAUGGGAGUUCACGCUUUGUGUGUGAAAGCAGGAACACUUUCAGAUUCCUUUUUGAGCAAUGCUCUUCUUGACGUCUAUGCAAAAUGUAAUGAUUUGUGCUCAUCAGAGAAUGUUUUCAGAGAAAUGGAGUUUAAAGAUACGGUUUCUUGGAACUCGAUCAUUAGUGGGUGUUUAUAUAAUGGUCACCCUAUGAAGUCCUUGUUGUAUUUCAAGCAGAUGGUUUCUAUUUCAGAACAAGUAGAUAGUGUGAGCCUUUCGUGUGCUAUUGCAGCAUCUGCUUGUUUAGAGGAGCUCACAAGUGGCCUAGCAAUUCAUGGAUUGGUUAUUAAGCUUGGCUAUGCAGAGAGAGGCCAUAUUUCUGUGGCUAACUCUCUCAUUUCAUUCUAUUCUCAAUAUGGAGAAGUCGAUGCUGCAAAAUAUGUCUUCAAGGAGAUGGAGUGUAAGGACGUGAUUACAUGGAAUUCAAUGAUUAAUGGGCUGGCUUUGAAUGACGAGGUUAUUGAAUCAUUUAAUCUUCUGCAUAUAAUGCAGUUCAUAGGAUCUAUGAAGCCUGAAGCAACAACUCUGGUCUCCAUUAUUUCAAUGGCUUCGGACUUCAUGUUACUAAGAGAAGGAAAAGCAGUUCAUGGUUACAUCAUUAGAAGAGGGAUGGAAUCUAGUUUAUCCGUGAUGAACUCUCUUCUAAACAUGUAUUUAAGUGGAAACAAUGCCAAGAAAGCUGAGCACUUACUCAGAACUAUGCCAGUUAAGGAUUUAGUCACUUGGAAUACUAUGAUCUCUGGGUAUUCCCAAAACGGGUGCAAUAGAGAAGCUCAGGCUUUAUUUAAGAACCUUCAAGACCAGCAUUUAAGCUGUAGCUUACCGACUCUUCUUGGGAUUCUCUCUUCUUGUGACUCCCCUCAGUUUCUUCAAUUCGGGAAAUCAAUACAUUGCUGGCAUGUAAAAUUGGGAUAUGAAAGUAACAUUCUUGCAGUAAAUUCUUUGAUGUACAUGUAUAUUCAUUGUGGAGAUUUAGUAGCUUCUUUCAAAUCACUGGAGGAAAUUUCAUUUACUGCUGAUGUUGAUAGUUGGAAUGCUGUGAUUUCUGGAUGCACACAGAACAACCACUUUGGGAUGGCUUUAGAGGCAUUCAACUUGAUGAGGCAAAUAUCGCGUGUCAACCAUGAUUCAAUUACUCUAGUCAAUGCCAUAUCAGCUUGUGGAUACCUUCAAUUGGUAAAUGAGGGAAAAUUGAUUCAUGGUCUAGCUCUUAAGACCUCAUCAGCUCAGAAUAACAAAGCCAAAGAAGCACUAGCACUAUUCCAUACUUUCGAAUUUGAACCAGACGAGAUCAGUCUUGCUACCAUUCUCUCACUUUGCACGCAACUUGGAAUAAUCCGGCAUGGAAAGCAGAUCCAUGGGCAUGUCCUCAGGUCCGGAUACUUUAAAAAUUCUGUCAUCUCUUCUGCUCUUGUUGAUAUGUAUAGCAGCUGUGGCAGGCUAGACAUUGCUCUUCAAGUUUUCCAGAAAUCACCUGAGAAAUCUAUUGCAGCUUGGAAUUCUGUGAUUGCUGCUUAUGGGUUACACAGCAAUGGUCAGAAAGCAAUUGAAGUAUUCACUGAACUCAUCGAGUCUGGAAUGAGCCCAACGAAAGCCACAUUCGUUAACCUGUUAACAGCUUGCAGUCAUUCAGGCCUUGUUGAUCAAGGCUGCUGGUAUUACGACCAUAUGUUAACUAGUUUCGGUGUGCAGCCUACCACUGAUCAUCACGUCUGCAUAGUCGAUAUGCUAGGCCGAUCAGGAAGGCUGCAGGAGGCUUAUAAUUUUGUCGAGGACAUGCUAAGCCAACCCGAAUCAGGCAUCUGGGGGGCUCUGCUAAGUGCGUGCAACUAUCAUGGCAAUCUCGAGCUGGGGAAAAAGGUGGCAAAUAUACUCUUUUCUUUAAAACCUGAGAAUGUGGGUUACUAUGUCUCCUUAUCAAAUAUGUAUGUUGCUACUGGGAGCUGGAAAGAAGCUGUGGAAUUGAGAGAUAUGGUUCAGAGUAAAAAGUUAGCAAAGCCUGCUGCUUAUAGUCUUAUUGAUGUAGGAUUGGGAUAGAAGAGACUAACUAAGGGUUGUUCAUGGAUCCAAUCCUGCUAGUCUCAGUUUUGUUCAA